UUGCGGCAGCAAUUGCCAAAUAACAAUCAGUUGGUCCGCGACGCUUCAAGAAGCAACAUUUCACGGAUCAUUCUUCACCGUCACUUGAAACCGUAUUCGAAUCAGUCCCGCCAUACCGUGGAUGAGAUUUCUCAUUUCUUGCUUCUUUUUCUCCUGAUUGCUUCAUUAUUCAGCUAUUCUCUUUUUUAUAUUUUGCACAGCUGCAGACAAAUCGCGCCUACUGUUUCGCCAAUUGUCGCGCUCGCGUAACAAUCUUCUACCGCUAUGAUAACACCUGUAAUAAUAAUAAUCGUUUCUGCAUUUUAUAACAAAAUAAGUAAUUGAAAAAAUUGGGGACUCGUGAGUGGGACUUGGGAGUGGUGAUACGCAAAAAAAUGUCAGCGAAUCGUUCGAAAGUUGUGAUAGAGAGCAAUCUAAAACCUUCACAAUUUGGAAAACCUGCAUCGAUCGUCGUGGAUCACAAUAAUAAGACGGUCGAAGUUAGUUCUGCUACAUGUGCGGAUGAUGAGUUUGAAAAAGUCUAUGAAAACCCUUUGGAAAAAUUGAAACCAUCGCCACCGUCUCACAGUUCGAUCGGUUGUGCGGCUCAAGCCAUAGCGUCAUUUCGCGCGUCCGUUGGAGCCGAGAAUUCCGGAAAUUAUGAAAGUAACAUACAGAUCUUGAAUUUUGACGGAGAUGUGAAAUCCGGAGAUGAGAAAAAAGAUACGAAAAUAGGAUACGCGAAUCAGGGAUUUGAUCAGGACUUUGAACCGUACAACCACGCUAACGCUAAUCCAAAUUCAAAGUACAAAUCGAACCGAUCAUCGGCUCAAGAUGAUUCCAAUCAUCAUUUGAUUCAGCUGGAAAAUCGUGCUUCGGUUGAUCGUGAGAAAAUAAUAUCAUCAACUAUCCCCCCUAAUUCUACAAAUUCUGCACCUAUGAUCGAGGACAAAGCUGACAUCAGUUUUAAGACCGUUGUAAAUGUUAUAAAGUCAUUGGAUGUGAAUCGUUAUGCGACUAAGAAAACGAUAGCUCAGGGAAUGCUGGACAUCGCCUUAUUAACGGCCAACGCAUCGCAAUUGAAAUACAUACUUCAGAUUGGAAAACAGCACGAAUUCUACACCCUGAUGCUCUCCUUGAUAUGCGUUUCUAUUGGACUUCAGGUGGUACAAGGCGUGAUCUGCGUUCUCCUGGGUUCCACUUACAACAUAAAUAAGACUCAAGACCAACGAAAAGCGAACAUUUGGAAUAAUAUUUGCCUGAUUCUUAUGGUUUUGACCGUAUCAGUAAACGCCGUAAUAUCAGCGUUCGAUAUGCGAGGCAGUACGGGUUUCGAUCCUACGGUUACGAAGGGUAGUGCAGCAACCAUUACCGGAUUAACUUCAAAUUCCGGUGUCCGAUAAUCAGCGAUAUGAUAAAACGACUUGUCAAUUAAUCGAUGGAUCAACUCACCCGAAGAUUAAUUACCAAUUAUGGAAAUAUAUGUAAUGAAAAUUUUUGUAUACUCAAUCGAUCGAGCGGAAAAAAACAAAUAAAUUGAAUGAAUAACCGCUGAUACGUAAAAAUGAUAAUAAUUAAUAAUUACGAUAUAAAAUCCCUGUCUAAUUACCAAUAAUAUAUUGUAACUUUGUUCUCUCCUGGAUAUUCAUUCACUGUAAACUAUUACAGGUGAUUAUUUUUUUGUAUAUACGUAUGCUCGAAAAGUAAUUUCUCUUUUUUUCUGUUUGCUUUCGAUUUUCAAAUAACUGUAGCUUUUCUCCACACUUCUGAUUUUUGCCCACCCGAAUAAGAAUAAAUAUUCAAUGAAUAAACAACCGGGAAUAACGAUUGCCAAAUUUUAGUCAUUACAGAUUGUGAAAGUUACAAAAUAUUUUUGUUCAUCGAUGUGAAAAUUCGAUUUAAUCUUGUCCAUACACUUUUCAACGAAUACUAUUUGUGAUAGUAUAAUAUAAUGUCUCCGAAACGGAUGUAUAUAUUGAUGAUUGUAUUAAAUUUUUUUUGUUUCCUCUUA